CACACACUCAGAGUGAACACAGCAGAUUGUGUUUCUGCUUCUUCAGUCUUUCAUUUGUUGAAUAUUAACCGUAAUUAAUAAUCAACUCAUUUUCUUUGACUUGAAUCUCCAGAUCGAUUCCAUCUCUAAUCCAGAACGUUUUAGUCUCUGAUCCAGAUUAUUUCUCUGGGGGAACACAACAUGAGGAUUUUCAUUCUCCUUGCUGCUGUGGUUGCGGUCUCACAAACACAGACGGACUGUUCUCGGGGAGCAUGCUACCCCCCGAGGGGCGACCUGCUGCUGGGCAGAGACCACAGGCUCCAUGCCUCCUCCACCUGUGGACUUCUUGGUUCUGAAAUCUACUGCACCCCGUACCAGCAGCGGAGGAUGAAGUGCUGCCCAUGUGACUCCCGGAAUCCAAAGAGCGACCUGGCCCACACGGUCCAGGAUGUGCUGUCUACUGCUGCACCUGACCGAUGGUGGCAGUCCAAGAAAGAGGUUAGCCCGGUCACGCUGCAGCUUGACCUUGAGGAUCUGUUCCAGCUGGAGAACCUGGUGCUAAACUUCAAGGGACCUCGUCCUAAUGCCUUAGUGAUUGAGAGGACGCUGGAUCAUGGCAGCACUUGGCAGCCGGCCCUGUACCUGGCUGCAGACUGUCAAAAAGCAUUCCCAGGUGUUCGCACAACGCUGCCUCGUGCCCUGGACGAGACGUACUGCAGCACUCUGCCCCCUACUGGCACCAACCCGUACCAAGACUACACAAUGAAGACAAGACACUGCAGGGACAUGUACCGCCCCGUGUUAGAUGAAUACAAGACACUGCGGGACAUGUACCGCCCCGUGUUAGAUGAAGACAAGGCGAUGCAGGGACAUAUGAAGACAAGACACUGCGGGGACAUGUGCCGCCCCGUGUUAGAUGAAUACAAGACACUGCGGGACAUGUACCGCCCCGUCUUAGAUGAAGACAAGGCGAUGCAGGGACAUGUAACGCCGCGUGUCGGAUGA